CUAGUGAGGGGCUGGAGCUUGUGUUCACUAGUGAGGGGAUCAAAACUGCGGCGAGGAUGGAUGCUCCGUGCUCGCGCUGCGGGAAAACCGUCUAUCCCACGGAGAAAAUCAGCUGCCUCGACAAGAACUGGCACAAAGGCUGUUUCCACUGUGAAGUGUGUAAGAUGACGCUCAACAUGAAGAACUACAAAGGCUACGACAAGAAACCCUACUGUAACGCUCACUAUCCGAAGACGUCGUUCACUAUCGUGACGGACACACCGGAGAACCUGCGUCUGAAGCAGCAGAGUGAGCUACAGAGUCAGGUGAGAUAUAAGCGAGACUUUGAGGAGAGCAAAGGCCGAGGCUUCAGUAUCGUCACAGACACACCGGAGCUGCAGAGACUCAGAAGAACACAGGAGCACAUCAGUAACGCGAAGUAUCACGAGGAGUUCGAGCGCUCACGGGGUCGAGGCGCCACACACACCCUCGAUGAGCAGCACAUGGCACGUCUCCAUGGAGACCAGCUGAUGGGCGCCGGCGACGGUUACCAUGGCGUCCAGCCGCAGGUGGUUGAGAUGGACCGCAGAUCAGCAGGAGCCGCUGGUGUGUUCCAGCAUCACUCCCAUCAUGCUCCGCAGCAGGGUUACGCUCACAUGCCGGCCGUCCGCAGCCUUCGCUCUCCUCCGCACAUGCAGAGAGUGUACCGGGCGCUGUACGAUUACGCCGCUCACGAUCACGACGAGGUUUCCUUCCGCGACGGAGACGUGAUCGUUAACGCGCAGCCCAUCGACGAGGGAUGGAUGUUCGGCACGGUCCAGCGCACCGGAAAGUCCGGCAUGCUUCCGGCGAACUACGUGCAGAGUUUACACUGAGAUCAUUCACACAGUAACACAACAUGCCUCCAGCGUCUGUCUGUGUGUCAUCAGACAUCAAAGCCUGAUAAGAGCUGAUUAUUAUACUCAUAUGAGCUUAUUUCUGACACAGAAAACACAUUUUAAAAAGGUAAUGGCUUUUUUAUAUGAAGAGUUU